ACAUCAGUCCAAGACAUUGUACCAUGGGCAAGGACACGCGAGUCACUUACCAACGGCGUCAUGCUUACGCGACCAGGUCAAAUGGGCGUGUUAUUGUCAAGACUCCAGGUGGCCGACUGACUCUUCAUCAAAUUAAGAAGAAAACGCGCGGCCCUCACUGUGGUGACUGCAAGAUUGCCCUGCCAGGCAUCAAGCACCUCAAAACCAAGGAAUACAAGAACCUACACAAGCGAGAGCGCACGGUAUCUAGGGCUUACGGUGGAUCGCGAUGCGCUUCCUGCGUCCGAAGUCGGAUUGUGCGCGCGUUCUUAAUCGAGGAGCAAAAGAUUGUGAAGCGAGUCUUGAACGAGAAGAAGUCCAAGAAGUAACGGGAGGGCGGAUAGCAACAAGGGGGUGGACGAGGAGGGAAAAAACGCGACGAGAAGAGGAAGGUCGGGCGUCUGUAUUGCAGCAGCGCAUGGCUUGGCCCGUCGGAGAGGGGCUGGUGGCUUUCGAUGACGUUCGACGACGACCAUAGGGGAGGGAGGCCAUGUAGCCCAUCCGGAGGUACCAAGGGAAAGGAGCAGGGAAGAAGAUACAACAAAUGGAGGACAGACAAGGCCUGCGUCCCAGAAAGAAUGGGUGUGGGCCGGGCUGGCGGGAAGCAAUUUUGUUUGCUUUGGCGGAA